UGUUCUCAUCUUUAACCCUUGAUAGUACGUCAAAAUGUCCGAAAUAGAGUAUCAGUUUGACAUCCAACACCCCGAAUGGUACUACUUCAAGCUUGAACUAAUCGUUGACCCUGCCAUUGUACAAAAUCGGUCAAAUCCAGACAACACCACCCCUUCCGUGGUUCUUGAUCACCUCACAUGGAAAACAUACCUCCUGUCAGCCUUGAAAAGGUUCCACGGGCUUGUUGGUGAAUCAAUCCCUGUGGACAUCCUCCAGCUUAUCGAGACACCCGGGACUCCAAGUUGCAUUAUCCGCACUCCAUGGGACGGGAAGCAAAAGGUGGCUACGUCCAUUACUGGAUUCACCACGAGUAUGAGCGGAGUUGUGGGUUUGGAGGACUACCACAAGGGUUCUUUAAGAAUCAGUGCACAAUCUGACUUCCUUGUAGGCGUGACGGGACCUGGGCGAAUCUAGAACAAACCCACAGACACGAUCUUCUCCCAGGUGGUAAAGGUAGAUUUCUAGAGAAUCUCUCUGAGAUAAAACAGCGGUAUUGGUAUCUCCGGUUCUAUCAAGUAGCUCAAGCCUACGUGUUCAUUUUCCCUGAGCAGAUAGACUGUUGUUUAAGCCAUUGGCUAUUACUGAAGAUUGACAUUCACAUUUCAAGAUAUACAUGGUUCCGC